AACCUGUGCAUGCGCAGUCACCACGCUCGCAAAGAUGGCGGACCGUCGAGAGGCAUUGUGUGCUUCACCUGCUUAUAAGCGUCCUAGGCUGGAAAACGACAGCAAUUUGCUCGGAUUGAGUAUACCAAACGACGUAGUAAUGCCCCCGAAAGAGUUUAAGCGGCAGAGGUUUGCGUCGGACGCGGCAAACGAGGUAACAUCGUCAAGCGAUGCAAAUUCAGAAAUGUGCAACGGGGAUUCCGGUUUUCACGAACUAACCUCCACAACCGGCGGCGAUCUCGCCAACGCUGAUGGAGUGUGCCCGGAUAAUGACAACCUUGUGACAGCGGGUGUGGCACGCGAAGUGGACAGUUCAGGCCAUCUCUUUCUUGGAGCUCUAGGUGCUAUUGAUAUGGCAUCCAAGGAUGACAACAUCUGCGAUGAUGAUGCAGACGAGGUGGCUUCUACCAUCAGUGAACUGUCUGGCCUCUCUGACCUCUCAGACCUAGCUGGAGCUGAAUGGAAGCCCACCAGUGAAGAAAACUCUCGUGGUAUGGAUGCAGGACCUAUGGGCUGGGUGCAACGUCAGAUGAGCGUGGGCGCAGACCCGCGAGCUCUUUUGGAACGCCUACUGCCGGAUGGAGCAGUGAUUCCCCCCAGUCUUGAUCGGCUGACCCUGUGGAAGGUCCUUAUCAGUAUGCUAAGUGAGGAGGAGCCUCCGCGACGCACCAAGCUGGCACAUGUGAAUACCCUGGAUGACGUAGUUCACCUGCUGCGCAACUGCCAGCGAGUUCUUGUGCUAACUGGAGCUGGAGUUUCCGUCUCCUGUGGGAUUCCUGACUUCCGUUCGCGAAAUGGAAUUUAUGCACGCUUGAGCAAAGAUUUCCCAGCACUGCCAGAUCCACAGGCUAUGUUUGACAUUCACUAUUUUCGUAAGGACCCAAGACCAUUCUUCAAGUUUGCCAAGGAGAUCUAUCCAGGUCAAUUCACACCAUCUGCUAGCCAUAGGUUCAUAAAGCGACUGGAGGACAACAACAAACUCCUGAGAAACUAUACACAGAACAUUGACACGCUUGAACAAACCUGUGGCAUUCGCAAUGUCAUCACAUGUCAUGGUUCUUUUGCAACGGCGUCGUGUACAAGAUGUCACCACAAAGUUGACUGCAACAUGAUCAAGGAGGAGAUAUUUAGCCAGAGAAUUCCAUUGUGUCCUAAGUGUAGCCUGGAAGAAGUAGAAGCAAGUGGGGAAAUGGCAGUCAUGAAGCCUGACAUUGUGUUCUUUGGAGAGGGUCUCUCCCAGGAGUUCCACCAGGCCAUGAGCCAUGACAAAACACAAUGUGACCUGCUUAUUGUCAUGGGCUCCUCACUCAAAGUGCGCCCCGUGGCCCUUAUACCCAGUUCCAUUCCCCCGGAAGUACCCCAGAUACUGAUCAACCGUGAAUCACUGAAGCAUGUCACUUUUGAUGUGGAGCUCUUGGGUGACUGUGAUGUCAUCAUCAAGGAAUUGUGCAACAGGCUUGGCUGGGAUGUGGCUCCUAGUGAUGGGCCUGUGGCGCCGUUGACAGAACUUACAUCAUUGCCUCCACAAGUAUCCAACAAGUCAUCAUCGGAAGUGAAAGCGCCUGCUGAGCAGAGUGGGACCACAGCAUCAGAUGAGAAUGGAAACACCCCGACUAGCAGCACAUCAGUGGCAGAAGAAGUCAUGCCAGAUUCCACCAGUGCCGAUAUGGUUCCCACAGUGGAGAGCCAGGUUGACAGCUUGGAUUGCUCGCCCGAGUGUCCUUGGAAGCCUAGAACAAGAGAGAGCAUCGCCUCCAGACUACCAGAGGGUCACUACCUCUUUACACCACCAUCCACCUACAUCUUCUCUGGUGCCGAAGUCUACGUGGACUCUGAAGAUUCUGACAGUCCAGGGGCCUCCUAUACUGGUGAGGAGGAGGAAGAAGCCGAGUCCGAUUCUGAGUCAUCACGCUCGUCCUUCAGCUCAGAUGAGGAUGGGAGCCCUGCACACACAUCUGGCCUGGAAAGUCCGUCACAGGGAAACACCAUGGACUGUGACCCAACUGAGCAAAGUUCCACCACAGCCAGCACUACACCACUUGUUAGCAACCUAAAUGAGUCCAUUGUCAUCAAGGCACGUGUUUCUGAAGAAGAAGGCUCCAGUGAUGUUGAACGCAACACUCUUCGCUGCUCUUGAGGUUCUGGUCUCCUCUGCCCAUCAAGAACCACGGCUCCUUCUGUUGCUUAUUUAUUGGUAGCGCAUCCCCCACAGCCUUCUGCAGUCAGCCUCUCCUGUGGCCUGUAGACUUUCUUACGAGCAGGUCUAUUGGUCCUGCACUCCAUUGGUUGUUGUAGAUGGUUUCUGGCUUUGUGUUCCCCCUCAUUGCCUUGGGCAAGAUCCUUUGGGGCAAGUGUUAACUUUGGAGGUGCUGUUGCACAUUCCCUCUGAGUGGCUGUGGGCUGGCUGCAUGUUCUAUCAUCCCUGACGGUUUCUUUGCUUUCAUGAGCCAUUCACAAUCUAGGGCAGCAUUCUCAUGCUAAUGUUAUCACGUACUGUUUUCCUUAUGAGCUGUGUUGCAUCUUUUCUGAGCUAUUGUACUAUGCUCAGUCAGUGCAUGUCACUUAGACAAUUCUGUUGAACCUGGCUGCAGUGCAUGUUGUCCAAGUGCAGCUCCAGAACAUUUGUGGUGUUUCUACUACUAUUCUCAAUGGAGAAGUUCUUCUGUGUCUUGUUGUGACUGUUGCGUACUGCUUGCCCUUGUGGGAUGGAAAUGUUGGCAUACAGCCCCCCAGCCAGUACACAUGAUAGAGACACUUUGCCAAGACUCUAUGAGGUCCCUUGCCACUGCGUGCGUGUACAUAUGCCGAACCCUCUCUGCUUUCUGGAACCCGUUUUUUAUACUCUUGUUUCUGUUACUUUGUUGCGAUGUUAACAUACUGCCCUCCUGAUCAUUUCCUUUCUAAAUUGUCACUAUGUUUUUAUUUGAUAGAGGUAAUCAUUUGAGACGUGGAACAGUGCAGAGGAUUCAGUUGGGAUGGUGUAAUUGUUAGUUUUAUAUACAAGAUGUAAAUACAGUUCUGUUGUCUUAAGCCAUGUGUGUUUUUGCUGCCUCUGCACGUUUUGCAACACAACCAUUGCAUAAGGAGAUUUACCUAUUUGCACAGUAUCACUAAAUCUCUGCACACCUUUGUGCUGUUUCUGUUCAUUAAAUAAUCACUUUUCGCCCUUUCUUAUAUAUUCUUAUCGUGUGAAUACUUGUGUGCAUGGUAAAUCAUAGAAUUCAACGUUGUGAGGUACAUUGUAUGCAAUCUGUAAGGUUGGAAGGCAGACUUGUUUACUGUCUCAUGCUUUUAUGAGAAAUCAGAGAAAAGGAAAAAAAAUGUAAUUUCCUCUUUAUACAUACUAUUAGCAGCUGUGAAUGGUGUGUUGCAAGCAGUUUGGCUUCUCUCAGAAGUGCGAUAGUGUAUGGGUGUCCCUAAGCUCGGGUCAACCUUGCUCAGGUUUGGGUGCAAGUUUCCUAGAAAGCAUAUGCUGUGUGCCUGCCCUCAUAACUUUUUAAUUUCUCCUUGUUCUUUUAGAAACUUGUGUUACUUUUGUCUUAGGCAGUAUCCCUCAUAGAGUUAUUCAGCUUAUAGAUUUCGUUUUCUUUUUUUAAGGCUGUUAUCACAACUGCUGCUGUGUAUGCGUGCAUGCCCUUGCCUCUGCAUUGCUGAGUUGUUUGCUGUUAUUGUGAUGUUUUGGUAGUGCAGCAGCAAUGACUCAAUACCCAGAGACUUGUAUUAUCCACUACAAGAUUGGUAGCCUGUCAUAGUGACACAUUGUGACAAUAUUGGCAUGUCCAAAUGUGUUGCUCCUUUGCUUCCAUGACAAGGUCAAAAGAAUCUGUCCAAAUUAAUGGCAAGGUGCAACUUUCUGUGCCAUCAAACACAAGUACUUUGAUGAAAAAAAUACACACAGCAGCUUUUGGAGUUUCGUUGCAUAUUGGAGUUUGAUUCACUCUGUAUCUUUCCAUUGCCACAUGUGACACUUUUUUAUGUCCACUCGGGCAUUGUCUUGCUUUCUCUUGUGUUAGAGCAUUCUACAAAGUAUAGGGCUGAGUGCAAUUGUACAUCUGUAUGUAUCCUGCCAUUUCCUUUUGUCAAAGAUGUUCCUUUGUAUCUAUUGUUUUAGUUAUCAUUGGUGAGCAAGGUUGCCACUGUUUGAAGUGUUUCCUUCAAGCUGCUGCUCUUUGCAGGGCUAGAAGCAAUGUUUCCCUCUACUUGCCCAUUUUGUCUUAGCAAGUGUGAUCCUUUCUGGAAUGGCAGAGUCUACCAAAGGUUCUGGAACUAUGAUGUUUGUGUAGGUAACUGAUCCUUGGAACAGGCAGAAUCCUUACUGUGUUGGUCUACUAAACUGUUUGUCCAUCUCAGUUAAUGGGUGUAAGGAACCAUUCUUUUUUUUUUUUAUUGCAAAUCAGUUGAUUCUUGUAAUAUAUGCUGAAAUAUUUGUAAAUAGCUUAAUAUUCUUGUGUUGUGGCGUAUUUUUUAAUGGUUUCUGUAUAUACCCCUGCGCCUUAUUUAUUGAAAGUGUCUAGGAAAGGGUCUACCCUUUUUAUUCAACAAAUGUGGAGCUAAAAUUAACACUGGAAAAGGAAAUGAAUGAGGUAGCAUUAGGCCUUGUGUACUGUCUAUUAUAUUGUUGUGUGCUUGGUGGUUUUAUGUAAAAAAAUACAAUGCCGUUAUCUUUCUA